UCCUAAAAUGAAUUGUUUUCUGUCUGAAGUGACCGAGAGGGAAGUCGAAAGCUAUACCCAUUCACAUAGUGACGCAUUUAACAGUCAAUCGUCUCAUCAAAAAUUAACGAUAGCAGUACAGGAUAAUUCUGCAUACGGGAUGGUUGUGCCAAAAGGAUUUCACAUUAAAUCCUCAGAAAAGUUCAAACCUUCAGUAGUAACAUCAAGCACUUCAAUCAAUCCAAGCACCAUUGCUAUGUCUACUAAGUCUCCUGAAGGUCUCCCUGAAAAACCCGGAUCCAAAACUUUUCUUGACUUCAAUAGAAGUACAUUGGCUAGCUAUGAUAUAAAAAAGGUAGCAGAUUUACUGGUAAAGAUGAGGCUGGAACAAUAUGCUGAGACAUUUCAGAGGGAGCAAAUUGAUGGUAAGAUACUGAUUGAAUUAGACGAAAGCAUACUCAAGGAAGAGCUGGGAAUAGCUAAGAAAAUACAUCGUUUAAAACUAUUGAACAUUAUUAAUGGUGAUCAAUGUAUUUCAGUUUAUGUUUAA